AUGCCACUCCCACCGGCUCUGUUGGCGAAACUCCAGCAACGGGGGAUCGUUCGAUCAAAUGCAAACGAGGAAGUUAUUGCCGAGGAUUACGAAUCGCCUGAAACCAAAGAAAAACCGGCCACCGUUGAAGAUCGUGAGUUCGCCACUGGAUGUCCAAACAAAAAUAACCCCUAUCAUGUGUGCGUCGACUUUUGCUAUGAUCAUUGGAUGGAUGGAUAUCCUGAAGAAAGGUUAAACGAGGACUACUUAUAUCGUAAAAGACGAAUGCUGAUGCACUAUCCGCUUCCAGAAGGCUGGUUAGAGGUUUACGAUGCGGGUCUCCGAAGGCACUAUUAUUGGAACCCUGAUACCGAUGAAGUCUCUUGGUUAUCCCCGCGCCACCCCCAUGCUGUGAUUGGAGAAGCUGCCCCGAAGCUUGCACGAGAGAUGCAUUCACAAAUGAGGGACACCGACAAAGAUUUUGAUCCAGCUAGGGAUAAUUAUCGAGCUAGGGGAGGUGAUGCUGAUCGGGAUCGCUAUAGAGAACGUGAUCGAGACCGAGAAAGGGAUAGGGGAAGAGAUGAACGUGGCAGGGAUCGUGGAAGAGAUGAUCGAAUGGACAGGGAUAGGGAUCGUGAUAGAGACCGUCGCCGCCGCAAGAGUCCUGGGCAAAGCGAUUCAGACAGUGAUGAAGCUGCUGCUAAACUCGAUGUUACGGACCGUGAUCGAUUAAAGCGUGCUAAUCGCAAAGGAAUUGAUCCAAUGGAUCCUGCAGCUUACAGUGACAUUAAAGUGGGCAAAUGGGCAUCUGGACUUACUGAAGACACAAAAACUGGUGUGGACGUUACUGCUGGAGGACCUCUCUUUCAACAACGACCAUACCCAGCUCCGGGUGCUAUUUUACGAGCCAGAGGAGGACGACCCGAUAACGAAGAUGAGCAA